AACAUGGUGAGUCCUGAGCAGAAAGUUGUGCUGAUCACCGGCUGCUCCUCCGGUAUCGGCCUGAGGAUGGCCGUGAUGCUGGCCAAGGAUGAACAGAAGCGAUAUCACGUAAUAGCAACAAUGCGUGAUUUGAAGCGCAAAGAUAAGCUUGUGGAAGCUGCUGGGGAUGCGUAUGGGAAAACCCUUUCUCUGGCUGUCCUGGACGUCUGCAAUGAUGAGUCUGUCAAACAAUGUAUAAAUGGCAUCAAAGACCGACACAUCGACGUUCUUAUCAACAAUGCAGGUAUUGGCCUGGUGGGUCCAUUGGAGAGCAUCCCCAUUGAAGAGAUGAAAAAAGUUUUUGAGACCAAUUUCUUUGGGGUGAUCCGCAUGAUCAAGGAGGUGAUGCCUGAUAUGAAGAAAAGGAGAGGAGGUCACAUCAUCGUGGUCAGCAGUGUGAUGGGACUACAAGGGGUGGUGUUCAAUGACGUCUACGCAGCUUCCAAGUUUGCCAUGGAGGGUUUUUGUGAGAGUUUGGCUGUGCAGCUUUUGAAGUUUAAUGUCACACUGUCACUGAUAGAGCCAGGCCCAGUACACACUGAAUUUGAAGCAAAGAUGAUUCAGGAUGUGAGACAGAAGGAGUAUCCUGGAACUGAUCCUGAAACAGUGCAUUACUUCAAGAAUGUCUAUCUUCCCUCUUCUGUGGACAUCUUUGAGGCACUGGGACAAACACCUGAUGAUAUUGCCAGAUGCACCAAGAAAGUGAUUGAAGCAAGCAGCCCACGUUUCCGUAACCUCACCAACCCGCUGUACUCACCAAUUGUUGCACUGAAAUAUGCAGAUGAAACUGGAGGCCUGUCUGUCCAUGCUUUCUACCACAUGCUCUUUAACUUGGGUCCUCUAAUGCACAUCAGCAUGACUGUCAUGAAGUAUCUUACCUGCAGUUGUCUGAAAAGAAGGACGAUUUCACCUAACUAAAAACGAAAAUGUUUUGUUUAGCCAUAAUAAUAUUAAAAUAAAAGCGUGUAGAUGGCACACUACCUCUUUGUUGUCAGAAAACAUAAAAACAUGUACUGCUUUUUGACAUGCUGCAAAAGCCACCUGGUCACAAAUGAAGAAAAAGUAAAAACAAAUCAAUAAUGAACAGUUUUAAAGACAUCAUCUUUCUUAAAACCAUUCAAGUAGUCUGUUUUGUGAUGACUCUUCACCAUAUUUAGUUUUGUAUGUCAUUGUAAUAGCAGUAGAUACAGCAUAGAAUCCCAGUUAGAUUUAAAUGAUACAUAUUUUUAAAAUUUCUUACCCACAGUGCCAAAAAGAGACAAAAUAUCAACACCACAUUAAAUUUGUUCAUUCCUAUCAGCCCCAGACAACUUAUUCAACUAUCUUAGACCAUAACUGAUUAAAAAACGUAGGUCUACACCUCUGUUUAUUUAUAUGCAUUUAUGUGUAUAAUUUAUUAAAAUAAAGUGUCUGAGCCAGCAUUGGAAGAUCAGAUCUUUUAAUUUAUACCUUCUGAAACUGCUUCAGUGCUUUAAAUAGCGUUUUGGUUAAUCUGUCU